AGUGUAGAAAUGGCGGGCGGCUCCGAAGCUCCUGUCCUGCUAUCCGCGGCAGCAACUCUGCCGCGGAUUGCGGAAGGGGAGCGCAGGAGCCCUCAGCCAGUGUCCCACCUGGCCGCCCUUUAGAAGCGGACCUGAUAACCUGUCAUUGUUCUGGAGGCUCCAAUAGUGAGCCUAACUUUAGAAGGCGGUAGGAUUAUCCUGGGAGGCUCAACGGCAGUCAUACCCCCUAGUUGGUCCAGAUGCUUCCUGUCCUUCCCUAAUCAAGAGGAUUACAUAUAGAUUGUUAUUAGGAUUCUUUCCUCCAGAUAUAAACCAUAUUCAUUUCUAAAAGCACAUCUUCAGGUUCGGCGCUGCUACUUAUGAUGAACAGGAAGAAAGGAGACAAGGGAUUUGAGAGCCCAAGACCUUAUAAAUUAACCCACCAGGUGGUGUGUAUCAACAAUAUAAAUUUCCAGAGAAAAUCUGUUGUUGGCUAUGUGGAGCUGACGAUAUUUCCCACAGUUGCCAACCUGAAUAGAAUCAAGCUGAACAGUAAACAGUGUCGGAUAUACAGAGUGAGAGUCAACGAUCUGGAAGCAGCUUUUAUUUAUAAUGAUCCCACGCUGGAAGUUUGUCACCAUGAGUCAAAACAGAGAAAUCUCAACUACUUUUCCAAUGCGUAUGCUGCUGCAGUCAGCGCUGUGGAUCCAGACGCUGGAAAUGGAGAGCUGUGCAUUAAGGUGCCAUCAGAGCUUUGGAAGCAUGUUGAUGAAUUAAAAGUCUUAAAGGUACAUAUCAACUUUUCUCUGGACCAGCCAAAAGGAGGUCUUCAUUUUGUGGUACCCAAUGUGGAAGGCAGCUUGGCAGAGAGAGGGGCCCAUGUCUUCUCUUGUGGAUAUCAAAAUUCUACCAGGUUUUGGUUUCCUUGUGUUGAUUCAUAUUCUGAACUAUGCACAUGGAAACUGGAAUAUACAGUGGAUGCCACAAUGGUGGCCGUCUCAAAUGGAGACCUAGUGGAAACAGUCUAUACUCAUGAUAUGAGGAAAAAGACCUUCCAUUAUAUGCUGACUAUUCCAACUGCAGCAUCUAACAUCUCUUUGGCCAUUGGACCAUUUGAAAUUCUUGUUGAUCCAUACAUGCAUGAGGUGACUCAUUUUUGUUUACCGCAGCUUCUCCCUCUGCUCAAACACACCACAUCGUAUCUCCAUGAAGUCUUUGAAUUCUAUGAAGAGAUACUUACAUGCCGCUACCCUUACUCCUGUUUCAAAACUGUUUUUGUAGACGAGGCAUAUGUUGAAGUAGCUGCUUAUGCUUCCAUGAGCAUUUUUAGCACAAACCUUUUGCACAGUGCAAUGAUAAUAGAUGAGACCCCACUAACCAGGAGGUGCUUGGCUCAGUCUCUGGCUCAGCAGUUCUUUGGUUGUUUUAUAUCUAGAAUGUCUUGGUCAGAUGAGUGGGUGUUGAAGGGAAUCUCUGGCUAUAUUUAUGGCCUUUGGAUGAAGAAAACCUUUGGUGUAAAUGAGUAUCGCCACUGGAUCAAGGAGGAACUAGACAAAAUAGUGGUGUAUGAACUGAAGACUGGCGGAGUCUUGCUUCAUCCAAUCUUUGGUGGAGGAAAAGAAAAAGACAACCCUGCGUCAUACCUGCAUUUUUCUAUAAAGCAUCCUCACACAUUGUCAUGGGAAUACUACACUAUGUUCCAGUGCAAAGCCCACUUAGUCAUGAGACUGAUAGAAAACAGAAUCAGCAUGGAGUUCAUGUUGCAAGUUUUCAACAAGCUGCUGAGUCUAGCUAGCACUGCCUCAUCUCAGAAGUUCCAGUCUCAUAUGUGGAGUCAGAUGCUGGUUUCCACAUCUGGGUUUUUGAAAUCCAUCUCCAAUGUCUCUGGCAAAGACAUCCAGCCAUUAAUAAAGCAAUGGGUAGAUCAGAGUGGUGUGGUAAAAUUUUAUGGCAGUUUUGCAUUUAAUAGAAAACGAAAUGUACUAGAAUUAGAAAUAAAGCAAGACUAUACAUCUCCUGGAACACAGAAAUAUGUGGGUCCUCUGAAAGUGACGGUGCAAGAGCUUGAUGGAUCUUUCAACCACACACUUCAGAUAGAAGAAAACAGCCUUAAACAUGACAUACCCUGCCACUCAAAGAGCAGACGAAAUAAGAAGAAAAAGAUUCCUCUAAUGAAUGGGGAGGAAGUUGACAUGGAUCUUUCUGCCAUGGAUGCUGAUUCUCCCUUACUGUGGAUAAGAAUAGAUCCGGAUAUGUCUGUAUUAAGGAAGGUAGAAUUUGAACAGGCUGACUUCAUGUGGCAAUACCAGCUCCGGUAUGAGAGAGAUGUGGUUGCACAGGAGGAAUCCAUUUUGGCCCUUCAGAAGUUCCCUACUCCAGCUUCACGGCUCGCGUUGACUGAUAUACUCGAACAAGAGCAAUGUUUCUACCGAGUGAGGAUAAUGGCAUGCUUCUGUCUUGCAAAGAUUGCAAAUUUCAUGGUGAGUACAUGGACAGGACCACCAGCCAUGAAGUCUCUCUUCACCCGAAUGUUCUGUUGUAAAAGUUGUCCAAACAUUGUGAAAACCAAUAACUUCAUGAACUUCCAGAGCUACUUUCUGCAGAAGACGAUGCCUGUGGCAAUGGCCUUGCUGAGAGAUGUUCAUAAUCUGUGUCCUAAAGAGGUUUUAACAUUCAUUUUAGACUUAAUCAAGUAUAAUGACAAUAGAAAAAACAAGUUUUCAGACAACUAUUACCGUGCUGAGCUGAUAGAUGCACUAGCAAACUCUGUAACUCCUGCAGUCAGUGUGAACAACGAAGCCCGAACACUGGAUAAUUUAAAUCCUGAUGUGCGCCUCAUUCUUGAGGAAAUCACCAGAUUCUUAAACAUGGAAAAGCUGCUACCCAGUUAUAGGCACACCAUUACAGUCAGCUGCUUGAAUGCCAUUCGCAUAUUACAGAAAAAUGGGCACGUUCCAAGCGAUCCUGCUGUCUUUAAGUCCUAUGCAGAAUACGGGCACUUUGUGGAUGUCCGAAUAGCAGCUUUGGAGGCAGUUGUUGAUUACACAAAAGUUGACAGAAGCUAUGAGGAGCUGCAAUGGCUGCUAAAUAUGGUCCAGAAUGACCCUGUGCCCUACGUCAGGCAUAAGAUAUUGAAUAUGUUGACAAAGAACCCGCCAUUUACCAAGAACAUGGAAUCUCCUUUAUGCAAUGAAGCGCUAGUGGAUCAACUCUGGAAACUUAUGAAUUCAGGUACAUCCCAUGACUGGAGGCUGCGGUGUGGUGCUGUCGACCUGUACUUCAUGCUGUUUGGCCUCAGCAGGCCUUCCUGUUUGCCGCUCCCAGAACUUGGGUUGGUCCUUAACCUCAAAGAAAAGAAAGCUGUGCUGAAUCCUACCAUCAUUCCUGAGGCAGGGGCAAGUGGUCCGGAACUGCCCAACAAUCCAAACAAUCUGGGUCAAAUAGUUGGCUUCCAAAGCACUGAGGAUGAUCAUCUUGUUAAAGAAACAGCAGUCAUUCCCCUUCCUCAUCAGCAGGGGUUGAAGCGGAAGGCCGACACGCCUCUUGGGUCCCCACUAGAACCAGGCCAGAUCCUUGAGAAGAAUGAAGACAGUAAAGUCAAACUCAAAAUAAGAUUCUCAAACUCACAGGAGGAAGAAGAGAUUGAUAUGGACACUGUUCAUGAUAGUCAAGCUUUUAUCUACCAUCACUUGAACAUGCUGGAAAGACCGUCAACACCAGGCAAAGAACAGUCUUCGCUGGAGCUCAACAUGUUGCCGAUUCCUGCACCUCCACUGCCUGGUUUUACAAAAGAUUCAAGCUCCUCCAAGCACAGUGACCAUCACCACCACCACCACCAUGAACACAAGAAGAAGAAGAAGAAACACAAACACAAGCAUAAGCACAAACACAAACAUGACGCCAAGGAAAAAGAGAAGGAGCCUUUCACCUUCUCCAACAGCCCUGCCAGCGGGCGAUCCAUCCGCUCUCCAUCGCUGUCAGACUGAAGCAAGCAACUCCAGACAUGAGAGAGAAUAUAGAAGCACUGCACAUCUUACCAUUUCUUUAUGGUAAAGCACACACCGCUGAAGUGGUUCAGAAGGCAUGUUGAGAUUGAAAUCCCACAAGUGUCUGUUCUGUUGACCAACUGCAAUGAUCAAAUGGAGGGGAUGGAUUCGGAGUGAACCUUUGUGGCUGUUCUCCAUCCAUCCGUCUUAACAGUUUCUUUUCAAAGAGAGAAGCAACUCUUCUUACAUGCAAGUGUUACAUGCAUAACCAGAGCCCAACAGAGGCUGUCUGUGUAUCCUGCUAGAAUGAACUAUGUUUUAAACUUAAAGAGCUGUCAUGAAGUGAAGUAUGUGUUAAACAGAAGCUUGACUGCCAAACUUGGAAAAGCUGAAGUUCCCUGCACAGUGUUGAAUAACAUAAUAUAGAUUUCCUGAGGCUUUUGUAUAAUCUCUUUUCAACAUACUUAACCAUUGCCGUUGUCUCACUGGUUUUUUUUUUAAAGCCUAAAAUGUUGCAUACCCAGUUACAAGCUUUUUUUUAUUUAAGAUGCUGACAUUUUAAAAUACAUUGGAGCAGAGCUGAAUUCAUUGAUCAUUUACAUAACUUUUCUUUGCAGAGAAAAAUGCCACUAUGUACAUACCAUUGUGCCCUGUAAUCAGACUCAUAACUGUAAAUGAAGUUGUGCAAAAGCAAACCCUCAAAAACUGGCAAAGGAAACGGCUUCCAUAAAAUGUCAAUUAACUUUUAAAAUGCACUCCUCAGGGUGAAAUAGCCAUUGCAAAAACUUCUAAACUUUUCUGGUUUCUAGCAGAUUUACUUAGAAACGCUGUGAUUAAAAUCCUUUUAAAUGUACAAUGAGUAAACCUGAACGUGAAGCUGUGACUUAGGCUGUUUUAUUACAGAAAGUAAUAAUAUCCAAGUAUUCCAUUGCAGAGUUUGAUAAUUAUGUGAAAUGCGGCUGUUUUUUAACAUUUUUGUUUAAUUUCUAUGUACUGUUGGCACUUCUUCUUCCAGUCCCGUUUUCUAGAAUAUUUUGAGUUGCUUCCACAUCUGUUUGUGUGUGUUUUUCUUGCAAAUUCAGUCUUUAGGUUAAGAUUUUUAAAUUUGUUGUGAAUAGAUACUUUUAGUUAUAUAGCUUAUUGACAAUGGAAAGAGUAAUUCUGAUCCAUGAGAAGAGAAUUAACGAGAGGGACCUAAUAAGGAUUUUUUUAAAAAAUAAAAAGAGAAGACAAUUCGUUAAUAAAUCCUUUUAUACAAUCUG